AAAACAAUUAGGAUAAUCAUCAAUCAACAGGGGAAAGAGGAAUUAGAGAGUAAAACUCAUUCACUUCAACGUAACUCUCUCACAAAUCUCUCAUCUUCCCGUCUUCACCAUUGUUUUGUUUCAGCUACUGUGAUUUUUAACAGCUACAAAAAAAUCAUUAUGUUAAACAUGGGAACUGUGAUUCUUUUAUUUUCAUAACGUUUGUUUAAUGAAACUCAAGUAAAAAUUGUUUACCGUCGUGAAAUAAACUAAUGAAAUCAAAGUAAUGCCAAUUGAAAAGAUAAAGGUAAAAUCAUUAUCAUUAUCUUAAAUUUAUUUGGUCAAAUCCAGUUUACUUAAGAUUAUUGGUUAAUCUGUUUGUAACGUUUCACUGUAACUCAAAGUUUGAAAAGUGAUCGACGAUAACAAGAUGAAUACAAAUUACGAAGCUGAUACCCAAGUCUGGCGGAGAUUACAAUUGAAACGUUCAAAGUUGAAAACUUCAGCCAAGACAUCAGCCUUACUAUCAGGAUUUGCCAUGGUUGCUAUGGUGGAAGUUCAGUUUGCCAAUGAACCAGAAAACCCGAUUCCAGCUAACUUAUUAAUUGUCUUUGGUUUGUGUACAGUUCUUUUGGUAUCGGUCCAUAUGUUGGCCUUAAUGAUAUCCAUUUGUAUUCUGCCAUCAAUCGAGGCUAUUUGUUUAACUUCAGAAAUGGGACGAGUUGAUCCAAGAGAUUCACCUCAUGAAAAAAUGGGUACUUUUAUUGAAAUCGCUUGGAUGUUUUCAAAUGUUUUUGGACUUUUUUUAUUUUUAAUCGAGGUCGCAAUCCUUUGUUGGGUCAAGUUUUGGGAAAUGGGCCAGCCAAAUGGUGAACCAGGUAAAAGAGCAGCUUUAGCUUCAACAAUCAUAUUGAUUCCUGUUUUAAUAAUUUUCGUUGUUUUUGCGGCCCACUUUUAUCGAAUACUUACUCGUUAUAAUUAUGAAAGAUCAGCAAUUCAAGUACGGGAAUUAGAAAACAUGGCUUUAGAGCUUGAUAAAGGAUCAGUUCAAGAUUUACCAACCAUCAACCGAGUUCCUUAUACAAUUCAACAUAUUUAAGUGAAAAUCUUUGUUUUUAUCUUUCCUACUCAAAUUAAACGACAAGAUUUAAUUGGUA